UGGGCGCCUCGUCCCGUACCAAGAAAAGUCUCGUCUCUAUAAUAUUAUUUCAAGUAUAAUGCUGUUUUUUGUUUUUCUCAACUUUUUCUAAAUUUUUUUCAUUCUUACGUCUCCCGAAGUCUUCUUUCAUCCUGUUGAAGCCAAGCAUCGAUCCUACCAGUUCAAGUUGCUGGCAGUUCUGAGUUUCGGUUGAAGAGGGCAAAGUUCGUUUCUUUCUUUGGGAGGUGACACAAGGCUGCUUCUCUUCUGAAUUCUAACUUUGUUUACAUCAAGUUAUGUUCGCAUGCUAGCCUACUUGUUGCACACAAGAAAGGCUGUUUUCCAUCUCAGCUAAUGACUGAUUGAUGAGAAAUUCUAUUUCGCACGCUUGCCUACUUGAGAACUACUAUUGACUGAUUAUAGGCCAUCUUCACAUUCCUGCUGCAUGCAAGGUCUUCUUCACGAUCCAUGGGGGAGUGGAUCGUUGGAGCGUUCAUCAACUUUAUUGGAAGCAUUGCUAUAAACUUUGGAACAAACCUCCUUAAGUUAGGUCAUAAUGAGAGAGAAAGACAUUCUGCAAUUGAGACUGAUGGGAAGCUGACUCCAAAACCUAUUAUAUACUUCCAGUCAUGGAGAGUUGGAAUUGUAGUUUUCUUUCUUGGGAAUUGCCUCAAUUUCAUUUCGUUUGGGUAUGCUGCUCAGUCACUGCUUGCUGCCCUGGGAUCUGUUCAAUUUGUAUCUAACAUUGCAUUCGCCUAUUUUGUCUUGAACAAAAUGGUGACUGUCAAGGUGCUGGUCGCCACAGCCUUCAUUGUUCUUGGAAACAUCUUUCUAGUUGCUUUUGGCAAUCACCAAUCUCCUGUUUAUACACCAGAGCAGUUGGCAGAGAAAUACUCCAAUAUUCCAUUGCUUCUUUAUCUUCUAGUUUUGAUUAUAGUUGUUGCUAUGCACCACUACAUAUACAGGAAAGGAGAACUUCUGCUUGCUGUAUCAGGACAAGACCUCAGCCCCUAUUGGCACAUGCUGCUGCCAUUUUCCUAUGCUGUAGUUUCUGGUGCUGUAGGUUCUUGCUCAGUGUUGUUUGCAAAAUCCCUUUCGAACCUCCUACGACUGGCCAUGUCUGGUGGUUAUCAGUUGCACGGCUGGUUCACAUAUUCCAUGCUUCUUUUAUUUCUUAGUACAGCUGGAUUCUGGAUGGCAAGGUUGAAUGAAGGGCUGUCCCUGUUUGAUGCAAUUCUUAUUGUUCCCAUGUUUCAGAUUGUUUGGACUUUCUUCUCUAUCUGUACAGGAUUUAUCUAUUUUCAAGAAUAUCAGGUAUUUGAUGCGUUGAGGACGACAAUGUUUGUUCUUGGAAUGAUUUGUGUGUUCGUUGGCAUUUCAUUGCUGGCACCUGAUGAGCCAAAAGGUCAUGAGAGUAAAGAUAGUUCUUUGGAUACCGUGGUGUCUUCUGGUAUUUCAUCGGAGAUGAACAGACUGGUGGUGUCAUCUGAGGAAGCACAAAACAAAGACACAAGAACACACAUAAAAGGAUUGUUAUUUAAGGCGGCGGAUGUGCUAGUGAAGGCAAAGAAUGCAUGUGCAUUGUCUCUGGGUUUGGGGGAGGAUACCAUUCAUGCAUCUUCAGUUCUCGUGAUGCCAAUGAUGUCAUCCAAAUUGACUGGAUUUAGAGGGAGUGGACUUGAGCGCUCUAAGAUUUUGUCCAUCAGGAAUUCUGGUUGGGGUAAGAUCCCUCUGCAUGAAGAUGCUGGCAAGAUACUCGAAACUAGUCCGAUUCUCCCAGAGAGCCCCUGAUAUAUAUUUCCUGCAACUUCUUCCACGCCAUUUUUUUUUUGGGGGGUCUUAUUCUUUUUCAAGUUAUUGCUGGCGAUGACAAACAGAAUUAUCAGCAUUCAUUUAGUAGAUAUGUUAGAGAAAUCAUGUAACUUCCCACAAAAGAUGAAAAAGAAGAAUAGUGUAAAUUGUUGCUUGCAUAUUUGAGAAAGGAAAAUUGGAAAAAAAAAAAUUAGUAAUCGAAAUAUGCCAAUUUGGAGGGUGAAGUUUGGUGGUUGACAGUUACAACUUGCCCAAAACAAUUUACAUAAUUAGCAUUUGAAUCUUUUGGAGUUAAAAA